AUGACGCUCAUGAAAUUUGCAUUCCGAUAUUUGUUUUAUUUUCUUUAUCAACGAGUUUUUCAAUGCUGUCAUUGUGGUGGAUGGACAAUUCGACAAAUAAUCAAGCAUUUUACAUCUUCUUGCGUUCUUGAAGAACCAAAGGGCUGUGAAGUGUGGAGAACAGAGUUUUUAAAUAGACCAAAUCAAACUGCUACACAGAAGGCUCAAACUGACCACUGGUUUGCGUGGCAGAGAUUGAAUGGGGUUACACGAAAUCUCAUCAAACUUGCAACAGAAAUUCCUCAACAAUUUGGACCAUUUGUAAAAGCAAUAGAGAAUGACCAUCCAUAUCUUGGUGGAAAGUCGCUUAUGUCCCACAUACAGGAUAAGACAUUGUUUGUUGUAGAUCUGGCUGAUGUAUCAUUUAAUGAACCAACGCUUUUGGCUCCCAUUGCCUUGUUUGUGAUAUACAACAACCUGCUGAUGCCCGUAGCAAUUCGAAUUGACCCACGGAAACCGGAUAAUAAGGAGGUAUUUAAGCCUCCUCAAUUAGAUUCAGAUUCCAUGGACAAUCUACGCAAUUGGGUCAAAGGCAGAAUGUGGUUCAAUAUGUUGGAUGCCCAAUAUCAUGAGUCGGUCACUCAUUUAGGCUUCACUCAUUUAUUGAUGGACGGAGUAAGCGUGUGUAUGCAUAGAAAUCUCUCCGAGAGGCACCCUAUAUACAAAUUAAUGCUUCCCCAUUUCCGCUAUAUGCACUUCAUAAACGAUCUUGCUACGAAAGAACUGAUCCAGCCUGGUGGAUAUGUGGACAGAGAUAUGUACUUCGGACAAAGGAAUAUGAUGAAACUGAUAGCGAAACAUAAUGAAAGAUGGUCAUUUGACGAACAUGGGUCCAUUGAAAAAAACUUCCGCGUAAGAGGUGUUAUGGAUAUACCUGGGUACUUUUUCAGAGACGAUGCCCUGCAGCUACUGGAUGCCAUACAAAAAUUUGUUCAUGAAUAUGUUGCGCACUACUACCAAGAAGAUCAAGAAGUUAUAAACGACCAAGAGAUCCAGGCCUUCAGAGCAGAACUUGUGGCACCUAGGUCUCUGACGGAUGUUGGAGGAUGUGGCAUGCUGGGUGUUCCAGAGUUUGACAGUAUAGCAAAUGUUGUGAACGUGUUGACAAAAAUCAUCUACAUCUGUAGUGUUGAGCAUUCUGCAACAAACUUUCCACAAUAUGAACAAUACGCCUUCCCGCCAAAUAUGCCUGCUAUUUUGAGUGGCCAACCGGAGUUAGAAAAUGGUGUACAUGAACUUGACGAAGCAAUGCCUACAGGGCAACAGAUUUUCUCAACAAUCAAAAUUAUGAUGGUUUUAACCACAAUUACGACUAACAGCCUUGGGAACUAUGAGACUAAGUACCUGAGUGCAAUGGACCCUGCUGGUAGACGUAUUGUGCAAAAUUUUCAACACAAUCUCAUUACAGUCAGAGAUAUAAUAAACCAGAGAAACAACUCCAUCGAGAAUUCGGUACACCAAAUUAAUGAGUACCCUUACGAGUGGCUGCUUCCAGCUAAUGUACGGAACUCAAUAAGUAUUUGAAUGGGUCCUUUAAUUUGCACAUGUAUAUAACUAUACACAUUUUUAUCACUACUUGAUAUGAAAUUACACGUUUAUUAUCUAUGUAAAUGGGAUUAAUCAAUCUUAUUUUUCGUGAUAUGGAAUCGGACUCUACAUUCUAUACAGGUUAUCAAAAUGUACAUGGUGUUGAAGGUCAGAACAGAGUUGACUACAAGUUGUAUAUUUCAUUAAUGAUAUAAUAUUGGUUUUGAAAUAAUUUUAAAUUUUUCAUUUAGAUAUUUGUACAGUGUAAUGAAAGCAGAUAUGCAAGUCUAUGAAUUUUUUCCGCAACACAUGUAAAAUAUUAUUUUGUUUAAUAAGAUUUUUUAAUUUUACACACAAAAUCUGUAAAUCAUUUCAAAUGAUCAUUAACUGGACGUCAUACGUCAUUGCCCUCACUUUGUAUUCGAAAUGCAAUUAAUGAAUACAAAAUAGUUUAUCAAUAUGUUAACUCCCAGUGAAAUUUGAGGUAAUUUUGAAAAUUUUAUUUAUAAAGUUAUU